AAAAUCAAUAUGUAUUUAUAAAUAUUGAAAAGCAAAGACAUGUUAAGUAUUAAGUUAUAGAUCCGUAUUGACAUGCAAUUGAUUUUUCAUAAACCUGUUUUACAUACAAUAUAUGUUUUAAAUUAUUGAAAUUUAAUUUGUUAAUGAGUUGUAUAGUAGUCAACCGCUACGAUUGUAAAUAAAUAAAGGUUUGAAGUUUAAACCAUCAUAGUUUUUCUGCAACUUUGUAAAGAAAUAGUUUAAUAAUAAAAUGGCUACUUGUGGUACUACACGUACUAAAGCUCCAGAUUUACCAGCAAACAAGGAUUUUCAUCUGUUUGUGUCGUAUUGCAGUGAAGAUACAGAUCAGGUUAGGAUUAUUGUUGACAAUCUUGAGAAAAUGGAUAUAAAAUGUUAUUAUAGUGACCGGGAUUUCAUACCAGGCGAACAAAUAAUUGAAAACACAAAUGAUGGAAUGAAAAGAAGUGCCGGUAUGCUGUUAGUGCUUACUGAAGGAUUCAAUAUAAGUAAAUUUUGUAAAUAUGAAUUAACUCAAGCACUUCACUUAAAUAUCGAUGAGAAUUUCUUGUUGGUACCUCUUAAACUAGAGCCAUGCGUGGUACCACCCAAUAUCAGUACAACAACGAGUUAUAUUGAUGCUGAAGAUAUACCGGUAGGCCAAGUUCAUGAAAAGAUAUUAAAGGCGUUGGUUGACAGAGAAAUAAAGAAAGAAAAAGCAGAGUUGAAUGGAAUAACUGCUGAAAUCCAGCUGAAGCCAUACAAAAGAAACAUGUUUACAUUUGCAAGAUACAGGCUUGAAAAUAUCUCGGAGGCCAGAAAUCGGUUGAUUGCUUAUAAAAUUGAUGUGCAAGACAAUGAGUGGGAAAAGAUUGAGGAAAUGGUAAACAAAUCACAUCUUGUUAAAUACAAGCACAUCUACGGACAUUCUUCUUCCAUUUGCUGUAGUCUUGCUAUAGUUGUAUUUCUCUUUCUUCUACUGAUCAUGAUCAUCUUCUUAGUUGUGCUGUUGGCGACUUCAACAGAAAUGCCACAAAAAUCCAUCACGCCAGCAGGAAUAGUACUUGCAGUGUUACUUCCAGCUUUAAUAUUGCUGUGGAUUUGCAGCUAUUGCACUUACUUUAAAAAGUUUGAAAAAAUGAGUAAUUUACGACAAGUCUUCUCAGACAAUUACGUUAACAACUUUAUAACUCAGGAAAGGCGACGACUUAACAAAAAACUUUGGGAUGACAUUACCUUGGAUUCUGAUGAUGUGCACAAACGCUUUGUUUUCUUUGAUGACGAUGUAUCCUUUUUUAAGAUCUUAGACAUUUUACUAACUUGGCUGUCAUUGUGUUUUAUGCAGUUCAAUUGGAGACCAUGCAAGGACCUGUUCAUCAAAAAGCUUGCAAAGAUACCACGUUUAAUCAAGUAUAUCCAGACAGAUGAAUCGCAUGAGGACUACACAGACAGGGUCUUUAGAACGUUUCUGCGAUACAACAUACAUAAACUUAAAGAAAAAUCAACUGUUAGACACAGAAAUAUAUCAAACGCUAAGUGCAUCUGUCUUCUAGCAGAGGAAUGGAUUCUUGAAGAAAAAUAGAUUAUUAAUAAUAUAAAAAUAAUUGGUGAUAUAUUACAUAUGCUUUCCUUGUUUAUGAUGUAAUUUAGCAAUUAUCUAUA